AUUGUUUUAAUUAACAAAAAUUUAUAAGUUUUAAUUUGUUUAUAUGUAAGAUAGUACUUACAGUAUAUAUAUGCAUAAGUUUUCCUUUAACUUUGACUCUAUAUGUCUUUGAAACUAAGCCGUUUCGGAUGUACAAAGUUUUUGUCUUGAAUUAGUGUAAAGAGCCAACCCUUAAAAUCUUUCAGAGUACUUAACGAUCAUUUUCUAUAUGUACAUAUUAGAUAAUGUAGAGCAGAAAAUAUAAUUUUCUACGUAUUUUCGUGUCUAAAAGCAAAUAUGAGUAAUUGUCAUAUAAAUAAUGUAGGAUGUUAAAAAUAUAAUUUUAGCUAUAGAAAUAAAAUGAGAAUAAGAGUGAGAGUGACGGAGAGAAUAAAUGAGAGGAAGCAAGAGAAAGAGAGAGAGAGAGAGAGAGAGAGAUGAAGAGAUCGAGGAGAUGAAGAUAGAGUUGCGAAUAUAAGACACGAGGUUUUGACGGAUGGAAUCGGAGUCGUUUUCCGGAGUGAGCCUCGGCAUUCGACAACGGAAAUGUCAUUCAGUUAAUAGGUGUUGUCCGAGAUUGACGAUGUCGCGGGUGAAAUUAGCGACGAUUUGGGAGCAAUUUUCGAUAAUCAUACGCACGUGUGUGUCCAUCCGAGAAAUAUUGUAUAAGAGGCCGUGACGGAGAGCCGGACGGUCAGACGAUUCUGAGAGUUCAAAGAGUUAACUAAGAAAAUUUCGAGCGAAUUUAUAGCGUUUAUUGUAAAGUUUACAUUCACGUUAAUAAAGUUUGUACUUAUUAUGUUUAGCCCAAUUGAUCCCACAAUAAUAUAGAUAUAAAUCGUGUAUGUUUACGUAUAUUAUAUCUAUGUUUACUGGAAAGCUUAUCAAAUAAUUUUCAUUAUUUCAUAUGAAUCAAUCACAUAUAAUAUCUUAAUUUCAAUUUCUCUUAUCCAACUUUCUUAUUAUUUUUGUAUAAAAAGUUUAAUAUUACCACUAUAUAAAUAAACGAUCAUCACUAACGAUUAUUACUCCUUGUGAUUAUCAGUACGCAUCUGCUACGCAUCUGCUACAGUUAUCACAAACAAUUUUUGUAAAGUCAUGGAUAAAUAAAAAAUAAAUGUUGUUAUCGAAUACGAGUUCCGUCGUAGAUUCAGUGCAACGCAGACAGCUCGACAUAUCAACAACAUGUUUGACAAGGAUGCAAUUAAAGAACAUAUAGUACGUCGAUGUUUUGAGAAGUUUCGUUCUGGCAAUUUUAAUCUUGAAAAUGAGUCACCUAGGCAAUCUGAGAGCAAGGAAUUGGAUCACUUUCUGGAAGGACAAAUAUUUAAUUCUCACGAAGAUGCAGUAAACGUAUUUUCAAAAAUCGUUGACACAUGCUCUGCAGGCUUUUUUGCAGUCGGCAUAAACGAGCUACCGUUAAGAUGGCAAAACUGUAUCAAUAAAUUUGGCGCAUACUUUGAUUAAUUGUGUUGCUUCUUGUUUGAGAUAUA